UUAACAGUAUAGUAACUGUGGUAGUAAAGUAACUUUAACAGUAUAGUAACUUUGAUAGUAAAGUAACUUUAACAGUUUAGUAACUGUGGUAGUAAAGUAACUUUAACAGUAUAGUAACUGAGGAGUAACUGUCCAGAAUGAAGAUACUCCAUGUUGUCUCCUGCUGUCUCCUCUCAGCUCUGUGUGUUGUGGAGUCAGCUGGCAUUAAUGUGACGGGGGUCGUAGGAAGACAAGUCAAAAUCAACUGUUCUUAUUCAUGGGCAGAGGACAAUGACAAAUAUUUCUGUAAGGAAAGCUGCUCCAAGAAAGAUAUUCUCAUUCAGAGCGAUGGUAAGCAAAAUUACAAAAACAAAGACAGAUUCUCCAUCCUGAACACAAUAAAUGGAGUUUUCACUGUGACCAUAACUAAACUGGAGAAGUCCGACUCUGGGAAAUAUUGGUGUGGAGUGAACAGAUUAUUGAAGGACACCUAUACUGAAGUCCAUCUCAAAGUUACAGACGCUCCUCCCACUUCUACACCAUCACCUGUCACCUCCAGACCCCAUGUCUCCACAACCCUCCCAAACCUCUUUACAACAUCCUAUCUGACAUCUGGAGAUAUCAGUGGUCACACUUCAUCCAUUGAUGAAUCUCUCAUCUCAGACAACUAAUGUGCUGUGAUAUUAAAUGCUGUAUGCUGGAGGAAAUCAAUUGUAACUGUUGGACAAAUCUUUCACCCUCUUUCUCGCUCUCUCUCUAGAUUCUCCUCCAUUGGACUCUCC